CGUCAUUUAGAAAGACGCGCCAGAUUGGAAAGAAAUAAUAGUGUUGUUACCGCCAGAAUUUGUUAACAACUGAGACCUGCACACGUUUUUUUCUUUUCACGACGUUUAUUUGAAGGAAAGUCGCGGCCUUUAAGCAUAGUAAACAUGCCUGUUGAUAGAAGACAUAGAACAGCGAGUGAAAGGGAAUUUUAUAAUGACUCACAACAGCGUAAAAGGUUCAAACAAAGCAGGUUACAAGACAUUCCAAAUUUGCAGUAUACCUCUUUACUGCCAUCUGCAUCAGAUGCAAGCACAGAUUCUACAAAACCGUGGAAAGGAUGGAAAACAGUGUCAAAUGAAUCAAGUCCUCAGACCAAUAAAGAAAAUGGCAAAGACUUUCCUCCUUUGACUAAUAAUGAUAUAUUUGAUCCAUGGUAUACUCCUGAACCAAUAAAAAAUUGGGCAGAUUACAUGGAUGAGGAAGAAUUGCAAGAAAAUAAAAGAAAUAAUUUUGAUAGGAAGCAACGCUUUAAAAGAAAGCUUCUCCUUUCCGAUAAAAGUGAUUCUGAAAAUACAAAGACAAAAGAACACAAACCCAUUUUGACUGAUGAGCAUCGUCUAGCUCAAAGGCAGAAACAAAUCGACUAUGGUAAAAACACAUCAGCUUAUGGUAGAUAUAUCACAGAAAAACCACGUCACUGUCGAAGUGUGGAAGACCCAAAAACUCCGGAUAAAUUUCAAAGUUGCAGCACAAGAUCAUGGACUGGUCAGGUUCGAUGUUGGAGAAGGAAACUUCAUGAAUGGGACCCUCCAAGUGAACAAAAAGAUGAUAUCUUUUCACUUGUAUCAAAAUUGUAUGUUGAUUAAUAAGUGCCAGUAUGCGCUACAGCCUACAGCUACACUGAGCUAAUUUACUGUUAAAAACUGAAAAAGCUACAACACAGGAUUAUGGCAAUGUUAAAAGAAUGAAUACACCUGCAACUAAUGAAUGUUUCACACAUAUUGAUAAGGUUAAG